CGGAGUCGCCUGCUGGAUGCCAAGAGGCAGGGAGUUCCAAAGGUUAGGUGCUGCCACACUAAACUUGAUUACUAUACAAUUUCUUUAAAAACUGCGAACUUGUGGGAAAGUGGAGAGCUGAACUUAAGGAUGGAAAAACUAGCAACAGAGAGAAAUGAAACAGAGCUUCUCCCUUUCUUGCUCAGAAGGAAAUUGCUGUUUCAGUGGGGCUUGCUGCCAGGUAAUCUGCGUAGGACUGCAGCCCUAUAAACCAUUUUUUGGGAGUUUUUUUAACUGCUACUUUAAAAUGUUGACACCCCCCUCCAAUUUAGCUCAAAGGGGCCGUGCUGAUUUGCCAAACAACCCCCCCAAAUACGCAUUUUUCAAACUACAGACAAAACAACCAAUGAGCUUCAUGGCUGACUGUAGGAUUUGAACCCUGGUCUCCCCCAGAUCCUAGUCAGACACUCUAACCACCCUCUCUCUUUUUUUUUUUGCCCCAGGCCACCCUUGUUACCCAACAUAUAGGAGGUAAGGAGCUCCAUACUCACAUGCAGUCAGUUUUAUCUUUACAACCACCAUGCAAGGGAGGCCAAGAUACUGAGACAGUUAUGAACCCAAGGUCAGACUUUACGGUUGGCAUGGAACGGCUGGAUUUCUCACAAAGUGAAUGCGAUUUCCUCUUCUUCCCCCUCUCCAGUGAUGAGUACCUGACGCUGAGGGGCCCUCAGAAUGCCCCUAUCAUUAAGGAGGCCGUUCGCUGGAAAUACACCCCUAUGGGGUGGGACGCCAUCCCUCAGACCUGGUACACGGGGCUGACCAACAGUCACAACCACGACUCCUGGUACACCCUCACCAACCCCAUCGGCCGAGAGGCUUAUUACCGCUGGCAGAAGUCACAUGCCAAACGUGAGAGGACUCUACCACCUGCUUAUGCCCAGCAUUUGCACGAGAGCAGCUGGUAUGAUCCCAUCGUUCCUGCCCAGUAUUUGGACCCUAAAACACGAUGGGGCGCAUUUCUGUGGAGGGACAGACCCAUUCUUGGAAAAGAAUAUGUUGUCAACCGCAACCGCUGCGCUGAGGAGCUGAAGGGCAAGCCGGGCUACGUGGCCCAUUUAUCUUUCCACACGCCUGUCUUCACCGCAAAGGACUAUCGCACCUGGAGGAUGUUCGACCGCCAGCCCUCGACCAACCACCAGCACUAGUAAAGCUUCUUCUUGCUGUUUGGCAUGAUUUGAGAAUCCUUCUUUGCCAUGGAAGGUGGGGUUGCAAGCCCCUCUCCGGAUCACCCCCUCGCCAAUGCACAGGCCGAUCUCCCGGGCCCAGUCGCUCAGAGCACAUGGUGAUGGCGGAGGCCUGUGGCAUGGCGAUGUGAUAACUGUUGUGUGAUGGUGCCCAGUGGUGCGAAACAGCGGCCUUGUGUAUAUUCUUAUUCCAGGGAUGAUUGGCAGGUGAGGCCUCUUGAUUCGGGGGGCUGGGGCCAUAUAGAGAAGCCUGGGGGCCAUAUUUGGCCUGAGGGUUCCCCCUUCCUCUCACCUACUUUGUUCAAAGGUGAGUUCGAAAAACUCCACCUUUACCAACAUCCUGAUUUACCACAGCAAGGUCCUAGUGGCUUCAUCACCGUAAAUAUGCCUCUUCUGUGAAGCUAAUGUGGAAAGCCCUGGUUAUGUAACCUGUGUUCACUUUAUGAUGUGUUCUUAUUAACCUUCCCUCCCCCCCCCCUCGAAAGGUAAUAACAUUCAUGCAAUGCAUGUGACCCGUUUUAACCAAAAGAUAAAAGUAUAAAAUAGCUGGAUUUUAAUCUGAGUCAGAAAGACUGGUGUAAUGGUGAGGGUAUUGGGCUCUGACCCAGGAGACCUCGUAGGGUUGUUGUGAGGAUAAAAAGGGGAGGGCAGGGCCACCUACAACACCUUCAGCUCCUUGGAGGAAUAGGUGGCAUAGAAAUGAAAUAAAUAAAUAAGAGGCGUGGGAAUCCGACCUCUCCUCCCCCAAAAAACUUGAAUUCUACAGGGAGCAAAAAAUAAAAUU